AUGGAUUAUCCCGCGGAAAGCGAGUGCAUUAGCAUCCAAAGUUGCAACAUGAUCGAAAAUACCUACCCUUACGAGUAUAGUUGUCAUAAGAACCAGAAUAAGCUCUUCCAAACCAUAGAGUCUUCUGAGGAUAAAGACCAAGAGCAUCCCAAUGGGUCUUGACAGUCAAAGGACACUGAUGGGAUAGAGGAGAACACAGGCACGUUCCAGAGCCUCAGAGAAUCCUUGCUUGGGGUCCCUAGUAACCAAAAAGAUAGCUCCACUGUGAAAUAAGAUCAGAGAACGGAUACAUAUGAAUAUGAUUAAAAAGACGCCUUCUCCCCUUGGGAAGGCCUUAUUAACCCUGACGACAGAGUCUUCAAAGGAGAACUUUGAAAUCAUACCUCAGGAGAGUCUCCAGAACUACUACCAAAAUAUUGAUGACACCAAGAGUAAUUUGAUGAAAGAUAAUAUCCUUGAAGCUAAUUUCUACUUUGCUAAUAACUCCGAACUUAACUCACAAAGAGACAGUCGCCGAUCUCAGAACUCGGAUAUAAAGGUAAAGGACUACUUCCAGCAAGAUGAGGAGGAAAGCCAGCCUAGCCAGAUCAGGCUGGAUACCAACCUCUUCAGCACAUUACAGGAUGAGAAUUUAUGAAAUUUUCAAGAAUCCCAGUCUUCUUUGCAAAGCAAAGAUUCUGUAAUUAUCGAAGAAGGAACCUCUAAGGAGCAGAGCAACAAGACUCCAGAGUCUGUCCAAAAGCAGAGCGAUAGACUUGUCUUAUCUCCUUCGGAUCUCCUCUCUCAUGAAGAGAGUAUGAACCAGCCGCAGGAGACAAGCUAUUCUACAGAAAUACUUCCUAUAGAAAUUGAUUGGAAAUAUGUAAAAUUUAGCGAGAAUAUCUCUGAAUAUUGCUACCCAAAACUUGAGUUCAUCGACCCUGAGAGCCCGAUUACAGCACUUCACCACAUCAGGCAUAACAAAGGGGUUGCAUGGCUGAAAGCAUGCGAACGAGUGAAGCGCAAAGUCCGAAGCAACGCUUACAUUAGGAAGCGGCUCAGCCUUUCCAAACUUGACAUGCUCCUUGAAAGAGAGUACAUGGAAGAAGUCCGGACCAUUUACCUUAAAGAAAUCAAAGAUGAUGAGAAAUAAAAUAAUUGAGGACAAACUUGACUGUCUUAAUCGUGAAAAUGAGGUCCUCAGGAAGGAAGUCAACUUCCUUAACGAAAGGAGUAUGGAGAUCCAUCAAACCAGAGACAAGCUGAUAGAGUCUUCCCAUUUCGGCCUAGACAGGACCUUAAACGAGGCUGAUAAAAAUAUAACCCUCCUGACUUUCGCCCAAGAUGACAAUGUGUGCUCGAGUGGGUUCCAUAAUAUCUCCUCCAUCCCAGUUGAGAAAGACCAUUUGAUUUUCAGGAGUCUUGAGGAUCAGGAGCUGACAGCCGCUAUCGUGGAGACUCAAGAAGAGGACGAAGAUUCUUCUUCCCAGGACGAUUACUGUCAGAUCAAUUCUAAGUCCCUGAAGUUUGAGUCCCUUACAAAUGAAAGUACCUGAUACAGGUCCAAUAUGAAAUCAGCACUAAAAAGCUCAAAUAUUUCCUGUGAGAACUUCAACCCUCGCCUGGUCUUCUCCAAGGGGAAUUCCUUGCAGGAAUCGACACAGGCAGGGCUCACAGAUCGGCUUUCAGAAUGCAAGAGUGAGAUUAAGUUAGUCAUGCUUAAGAGGAAGAGAGCAAGAAUGAUGUAUAGCCGAGAUAAUUAGCUCAAGUUUCAU